AUGAGUGAUCCCGCUGGAAAGCGCAUCCGGAAGCGUCCUUCCGGGAUACUGAAGCUGGAGCAUGGGACGCAGCGAAGGCGCGAAUCGUCCGGCAGUUCGCUGCUGCAGCUAGGGGAUGAGCACUCACCAUCAUCGCCUGGCUCAAUCUCGCCGCAACUGUCGGUGACGUGGGCCUUUCCGCCGAUUCGGCCACCGGAAGUGCUCGAGGGUGAAGCGCCCUACGACGGUGUCAGUGAUUUAAGUACCGAGCAUCAACAUCCGGUCGAGAUUCCACAGCAGCACCAGCAGGGACGCCACACGCCAACAGCAAUUACCAGCGAACCUAAGAGGUAUAACGAUGGGAAUGGGGGUCCGGGCAGUCGCACCGGAACCACCACGACCGAGCGACCGUCCAAGGCGACGGCCUUGCGAGGGUCGCAUCUGAAUGUCCUGUCGGCGGCGCGCGGUGGCGGCGGCGGCGUUAUGAAGACACCGGAUGCGACACCGGAGAGUGCUCUCGGUCUUGGCGACAACCACAUCGAAACCGACGACGAUGAGGACUACUCGGCCAGUCUUAAUGCGAUCAUCCAGCGGAAAGCAAGUGUUAAGAAGAAGCGCGGCUACAAAGGUGGCCGCCGUACGUCCAGUCCGGUCAGCCAGAUGAUGGGAUUCACGCCGGGCACCGGGAUGGAUGGAGCAGCAGGAUCGCAAGGGCGUCGUCGGUCGAGUGCCUACACGACCAGCUCGGUCGAAACGGGCCUGACGCUGCCAGAGGAUUCAAUUCAAGGCCGUGGUGAGGAGCGUAGUGGUGGUGGUGGUCAGCGACAAGAUAAACUGUUCGAAACGAUCCGGCUACACAAGGAGGUACUGCAGACGGUGAAGCUACAGCCGAUCAGCAUGAAACGGAAGCUGCGCCUGGUGCAGCAGGCCAAGAGUUACAUCACGCGCCACGAGGGUGCACUCCAGGAGCACUUCACUUCACGGACUGCUCGCAGUCUACUGGCGCAGUUCAGUAUCUUCCUUAACACGAAAUGGCAACAGCUGCUGCGUGAGCUCGCCAAUCUGGCCACCUAUCUCAUUCCGUGGGAGUCACGGAUCAAGGAGAUUGAGUCACGGUUCGGUUCGGUCGUUGCAUCGUACUUUACGUUUCUGCGCUGGCUAUUCUCGGUCAACAUUGUCAUUUCGGUGCUGUUGCUCGUGUUCAUUAUGGUCCCGGAGGAGAUCUACAUUAACGCGGACAAGGCCAAGUGUGAUAUCCGGAAGACGAUGUCACCGCAGGAACGUGCGCUGAUGCGGAAUUUUAGUACGAUCUGGGAGUUUGAGGGACCACUCAAGUACUCGAUUCUGUUCUAUGGGUACUACUCUAACUUUUCCGGUGCCACCGCCUGGGGCUAUAAACUGCCGCUAGCUUACUUCGUCACUGGAUUGGUCGUCUACAUUUACAGCUUUGUUGCGACGUUGAAAAAGAUGGCACAAAAUUCGCGAAUGUCGAAGCUCUCGUCGAAGGACGAUGAGUACGUGUUCUCGUGGAAACUGUUCACCGGUUGGGACUACAUGAUCGGACAUCUGGAGACGGCGCAGAACCGUAUGGCGUCCAUCAUACUCGGCUUCAAGGAGGCACUGCUCGAGGAAGCCGAGAAGAAGAAGGACACACAGAACUGGAAAAUCAUUCUGCUGCGCAUUCUGGUGAACCUGCUCAUCCUCGGGCUGCUGGUGAUAUCGGCGUACGAGGUCAUCCUCGUGGUGAAACGCUCGAUGGACAUCAAGGAUACGGAUUCGUGGUGGCGACGCAACGAAACCACCGUCGUCAUGUCGCUGAUUUCCUUCUUCUUUCCGAUGAUCUUCGAAGCGCUCGGUAUGAUGGAGUACUACCAUCCGCGGAAGCAACUGCGGAUCCAGCUCGCCCGCAUCAUGGUGCUGAAUAUGUUGAAUCUGUACUCGCUCAUUUUCGCACUGUUCGAUAAGAUUGCCCACAUGACGGAGGAACUGCGGCGGAUUAAGCCGGCCAAUUUUAACGCCUCGGACCAGUGCUUUGUACCGGACACGAAUGCCAAGUGGUCGAUGGCGUUCGAUGGUGCUGGUGGUGGUAGUGGGCUGGAAGCGAUCACUACCGAGCACACGUGGCACGCGAUGGUGUCCGAUUUUAGUGAUGAAGCGAGCCAUAGUGGAUGCUACAAGGUGACUACGAAUUGUUCGAGUACCGCCGGUCUCACGAGCUCCGGGGCCAUUCUGACGACGCUACUGCUGACGAACCUUUCCGGUACGACGAUGCCGGACUGGUACGGUUCAACGGUACCGAGCGUCGCCUCAUCUUCACCGCUGAUGAGUCCGAGUACGGCGGCCGCGACGACGACGAAAGGUUACUUUUACUCUUCCUACGGUCGAUACGAUUACAACGAGGAGGAUAUGAACGACUAUCUCGAGCAUCGGGCACGUCUUUUGCCAAACGAUAAGCUCGACGGUGUACCGAUCAACAAGCGGGAAGCCAUCUACGAUGAGCCGUGGCAUGAAACGGAUGGCAUUGAGAACGAAUCGGUGGAACCAUCGCCGGCCAGUGAGCUGCCAGUGAUUGAGGGUAGUGGUGGGAUGUGGCAGGAGAUUGUGUCCACUACCACCGAGCAGGAUUAUGUGACCAACCGGAGGUACGAUGAUCUGCUGGCUUCCUACUACUACUCCGAAGAAAGCACCGACAGUGAGGACGCGGAGUAUGAAGCGAAUCAGUUCCUUAGCUCGCAGGAGCUGGGAGAGAAUACGAUGGAACACUCGACCGUGCCACCGACUGCCAGUGAGCCAACGGAGACUAGCCAAGAGAUGUCGACGACGGCGGCGACAAUUCUCUCAACAGCACCUUCGUUUAUGGAGAGUACAACCUCGGAGUCAGCAACUACAGAGUCUACAUGGACAGAAUCUGCAUCUACGGGAUCGUUAUUCAAUUCCAACGAACCGUCACUUCCAACGACAACGGAGCAGUUCGCUGAUGAAACCACGAUCGCAGAGCGCGCCGAGGACACCAGCAGUAACACGGACUGGUCGGUAUCCGAAGGCUACACUGAGUCCGGUGGUAAUAUCGGGACGACAGAGAAGCCAAACCUCUGUUACCAUUGGGUGUGCCCGAGCUCGGAAGGGAAAAAGAACGACAGCAAGUACCACAACGCCGACAUACGUUCGCUGUGUUGGGAGACCAUGUUUGGCCAGGAGUUGGCCAAACUGACGGUCAUGGAUUUGCUCGUAACCAUUAUAUCCACGCUGAUCCUGGACUUUGUGAGGGCACUGUUCGUGCGCUACAUGAACAACUGCUGGUGCUGGGAUUUGGAGAAAAAGUUUCCAAAGUACGGGGACUUUAAGAUCGCGGAAAACAUCCUCCAUCUCGUCAACAACCAGGGCAUGGUGUGGAUGGGCAUGUUCUUCUCGCCCGGCCUGGCCGUCCUCAACAUCGUCAAGCUGGUGAUCAUCCUCUACCUACGCUCCUGGACCGUGCUGACCUGCAACGUACCGCACGAGGUCGUGUUCCGGGCGUCCCGCUCGAACAACUUCUACUUUGCCCUCCUGCUGACGAUGCUGUUCCUCUGCGUGCUGCCGGUAAGCUACGCGAUCGUCUUUCUCGAACCCUCCUGGCACUGCGGGCCGUUCUCGACCUCGAACCGGAUCUACCAUCUGCUCACGGAUGCGACCGACCAUUUCAUUUCGCCAAAGAUCGCCAAGUACAUCGUCUCACCGGCGGCCAUCAUACCGCUGCUCGUGCUACUGAUACUGAUCAUCUACUACCUCAUCUCGCUAACCGGUUCGCUGCGCGAGGCAAACCAAGACCUAAAGCUCCAGCUCCGGAAGGAGCGUACCGAGGAGCGAAGGAAAAUGUUCAAAAUCGCCACCAGCGUCACCCAGCAGCAACAGCAGCAGGGCCAGUCCGGUCCGGGCCAAACCGUCGGCAUCAAUGGGCUGUCGAGCUCGUGGAACAAGGUGCUCGACUCAACGCAGCUGCGUCUUCAAUCGACCUCGGAAAACGUGACCGACGACAACUCGGAGCACUCGUCCAGCAAACACAAGGAGUUGCUGCAGCGCAUGAUGAAAAAGGCACUCCAAAAGGAACACUCGCUGGAAGCGUUGAGCCCCUCGACUCAGCCACCAACGAACACUGCCACUCCGACCGUAAACUCGCCCGAAUCAGCACUUCCCCUCGUUGCGACCGAAAACGAAAAGCCAUUGCAGCGGGCAAGUGGUGUCCCUAGACCACCGAAACCCCUCGAAACCGGAGAAACCGGCGAUGUGUUCCGGUUUGAUCGUCGCUCCGUUGAGCAGAUCAAUGCGGCCGAGAAAAAGAGCACAAAGGAGAAAGAGCAAGAGGAAGAGCAGGAAAAGGAUGCAGAGGCUGCACAGAGGAAAAAGUUCGAACGGAACCGUCCAUCGACGGCGGAUCGGUUCCGGGCGGCCGCACUAGCGGAGCGACGCCGCACCCAGAACAAAACGGCGGACUGGAUCGAGAAGAUUCCCGUCAUCACGAUCAGCAAAACGUCGAGCGACGAGUGUAUCAUCGAUUCGGACGAUCCGGAAGAUGGCAAACAGGCGCGAAGGCAGGAGCACCAGGUGUUGGCGAAUCUGCGCGACGAGCGUCCCAGCUCCAAGCGAUCGACCACGACCACGGUGACGGUGAAGAAGUGA